AUGAAGCACAUUGCCGCCUACAUGCUGCUCUCGCUCGGUAAGGAGGAGAAGCCUACCGCCGACGACGUGACCAAGCUCCUCAGCACGGUCGGUAUUGAGGCCGACGGUGAGCGCCUCGAGAAGCUCGUGGCUGAGCUCGCCGAGAAGGACCUCGCCGCCCUGAUCUCGGAGGGUAAGGAGAAGCUCGCCUCGGUGCCUUCGGCUGGUGCCGUGGCUGCCGCUCCUGCUGCGGGUGGUGCUGCCGCCGGUGGCGCCGCCGAGGAGGCCAAGGAGGAGAAGAAGGAGGAGCCCAAGGAGGAGUCGGACGACGACAUGGGCUUCGGUCUCUUUGACUAA